UUCAUCUCUAGACUUGGCUACGGACCUUCAGGAUCACUCGAUACGCUUCUCGAACCUUCACAUCCUACGACUAAGUUUAGCCUAGGGUUCUUAUAUACUGCUUCGUCACUCGUUAUUGUCACUAUCCAGUUGACAGUUUCGCUAUUGCCCUCCGCGCUACUCGGCAGCUCUAUUCAUUACAGUACGCAGUACAAUAUGUUCCAUUGCCCCACGCACUAUCGUGCGACUGCCACCCCACCCACAUCCCCCUUCAUCCCCCUCCCACGCAAGAGUGGAGGGCACUGUAGCUUGCGGAAUGACCCAGGGAGGAAGUUGUUGGGACUAAGGAGAAGGGUCAGGUGGUCGCAGGGCGGACAGGUUGCCGUCCUCUGCCGCACUGCGGCAGAACCAAACUGGGGAAAGCGCGAGACGACACGCAGGGCAAGGGCGACAGGCGUAGGCGACCUGUCACCGAGAGGAGCGGCACUUGUAGCCGCAGCAGACCCGCUAUCACCUGCCCUUUCGGAAAAACACGCCAGGAGCGUGGGUGGGAGGGGCCAGGGGAGGGGCGAGAGGAAGGACAUGUUGUCCCCCCACCUCCCCCCCCCCCCCUUAACCCCCCUCCCCCCUAGUUGUAGAUAAUGGAGCGUGCAAGAGGAGAGUGUCAUUGGUUAGCAAAGUUGGGCGCAAGCUUAGCGCGAGGUGCGAUUCGGCCAUCUUCUCCAUAACUCAUUUCGUUGGGUUCGGCGGCGUGUGUGUGUGGCUCGCUUCAAUCGGAAGUUCCGCCAUCGUCGCAGAUAGCGCCACGGCGUUCAACGUGCGUGGUGGGUCGGCGAGACUUCAGUGCAUUCGGGAGCCAUGGUGCUGCGGAUCACGUGUCUCUGAAGCAUUUCAAUUCGCUAACAGACGCCAAGACGUACCUGCAGUAGGAGAGGGAUUGCAGCAUAUGCGGGGUGGAGAUUGUUGACAAUGCACGCCCCAUACAGCCACACCCAUUCUCUGGCAACACAGCUUUUCUCCUUGGCAACGAGGGCACAGGCCUCUCCUCCACUGAGCUAGCAGUGUGUGAUGCCUUUGUCGACAUCCCUCACAGGCCUCUUGGGUGAUGCCUUGGUCUACGUCCCUCACUAAGCCCCAAGCCAACCCCCAAACCGUCGUCACUCAUGAGUGGUUUAGAGGCGCCUCAAAAGCACGUCGCUCACUAGGCCCCAAGCCAACCCCCAAACCAGCACCCCUCUCCCACCAGGGCACGGGUCUCUGCCCCACUGAACUGACGGUGUGCGAUUCCUUUGUCUACAUCCCUCAGCACGGGCCAAGCCUGUCCCCCAACCAAACCAUCACCCACCGAACCCCCACUCACCCCUCUCCCAACAGGGCACAGGCCUCUCCCCCACAGGGACUAAAGUGCAAAGUUAGGUUUGAAUUGGUUAAUAAUAAGCUGUGGUAGUAGCAUGGUAUCAUCCUCUUGCUUAUCUGGAUACCGUAGCUUGAUAUGAAAUUGUUCUAUUGCAGACGUCUUCCAUAUGCUAAGGGCCCUAUGCGUACUGCCCUGUCAACACUGCCCUGCCGGUACUGUCAUAUCAGCAUCUACUUUCACUGCUGUUGUGGAGAAGCACUGCCCUAUCAGCACUGCCCUGUCAGCACUGCCCUGUCAGCACUACCCUGUCAGCAGUGCCCUGUCAGCACAGCCCUGUCAGCACUACCCAGUCAGCACUCAGUACUGCCCCGUGUUCCACAUCCACCCAAGGGUCACUUCUGCUUCCUUGCACCCCAAGUCCCGAGCCAUCGUGAACCUGACACACGGCACGCGACAUGUGACACAUGAGGGAGCGUGGCGUGGGGAUAAGGCGGGCACGUAUAUGUGCAUGGUGACUGCUUCUGCUCAUGGUUGGAUCGGAAGCUUGCACUUUGAAGGUCAUAUGGCAGUGGCAUGCCCUGGCAUGCAGCCAACCAUCCAUCCGAACAUGCACUCACCCAUGCAUCCAUUAAGAUGUGCAUGCGUGCAUGCAUACAAGCAAGCAUCCCUGCAUCAUACAUGCCAGAGAGCUCACCACUUCACGGCCUCUUCAAUGCUUGCUUUGCCCGUGCCCUCCCCAUCCAAGUACAUGUAGCCGAGCAGCAGCUGAGUCAGCGAAAGGGGUGCAAUGGGGGAGAAGGAAUAGUCGCAACAUUCCGAGCAGAGGGUCUGCCUGUCGAUUCCGAGCAGCACGCAGCAGCCAAGCCAGAAGACAAACAAGCAGUUCAUCAGAAGCAGUGGCACCAGAAGUACCAUCAGCACUCAUAGCAGCAGCAGCGCACAGCAGGGGGUCAGCAUUUGCAUUCCGUGCCCCACGCAGCAGCCUAGCCAGUAGACAAACAAGCAGUCCAACAGAAGCAGCGGCACCAGAAGUAGCAUCAGCACUCACAGCAGUAGCAGCGCACAGCAGGGGGUCCGCCUGUGCAUUCCGAGCAGCACACAGCAGCCAGGCCAGAGCCAUUAGACAAACAAGUAGUCCGACAGAAGUAGCAUCAGCACUUACAGCAGCAGCAGCACACAGCACAGGGUCAGCCUGUGCAUUCCGAGCAGCACGCAGCAGCCACGCCAGAGCUUCCUCCUCGUCCCUAGGCCAGUCCCCAUCCCCUCUAUAGUACGCCUCGCCCAUUCGGUACUGGCUCCCCUGGUGCCCCAGCCUAGCAGCUUUUCUGUGCCACUCUAACGCCCUCUGCUGCUCGCCCCUCGCUUCCAUCACCUCCCCCAUAAUCACACACGCGUCCAGGUUCCCUGUUUCUGCUGCCCGGAAGACUAGUAGCGGGGUGAUAGUAACGGAUGGUGAUUGUUGGAGAGUUGAGGGGUGUACGUUGAGCAGGAAGGGUGAAUGAGCAGUGGUGGUGGGAGGGCCGAGAAGGCCGAGGGGGCAAGGGCACAUGGGUGUGGAUGGGUUGAUAACCCCGAACGUGCUCAUAUAUGUUUUGCACAUAGGCGAGUGGUGGUGCUGAUGGUGUCUGUGAUGCCGUUGCGUCUGCCGACGGCGGUGCUGAUGCUGCUGGUGAUGCUGCUGGUGAUGCUGCUGGUGAUGCUGCUGGUGAUGCUGCUGGUGAUGCUGCUGGUGAUGCUGCUGGUGAUGCUGCUGGUGAUGCUGCUGGUGAUGCUGCUGGCACUGGAUCUGGUGCUGGUGCUGGUGGCGCUGCUGAGAGGGCAUCUCUACUUGUUGAUGUGCGAAGCUUGGCAAAUGUCACUCUGGGCUUCAUUAUAGCCACAUUCAAUAGGACGUGCUGCCACGCAUACCGGGAUACAGCGGCCAACCUCAGGAGCAAGCAUGAGGAGAAGCAGCUUCAAGCUGGUUGACGCAUUGGAGCCAGCAACAGGAGCACGCAUUGUUUAGGGGCAGCAUUUGACGACAAGGAGCAAUGGCGGCAAGGAGCAAGCGUGCAAUCAGCAUUUGAGUGCGAAACCAUGAGACAUCCUCACGAGGGCACCAUGCGUGCCUUAACUCACCUGGCUGCUGCUGACGUGGCAGCGCCACGUCUUACAGACGGCGGCGCAACUGAUGAGGUCAGCAAAGGAAAGGCACAGGAAGAUUCGCUCGGUGACGUCCCAGGGGAGGAAGGAGGCCAGGCAGAGCGACGGGGGCGGCGGGGGGGUCGGUGCGGAUGACCGUUGAGACGUCUCAAGAGAUGGGGCCGGCGGGGGGUUCUGUAUAGCUGACACCCCAACCCCAGCUGUCUCAACUUGAGACGGGGGCCGCGGUGAGUCCAAGGGAGCGUGACGCGGGGGAGAGGGAUGAACGGGGAGGAGUGGGGCGCGGUCGAAGGAGGAGAGGAGGAAGCGGAGUCCGGCGGAACGGGUCCUCGGCGUGAGGCGUUGCGGUGGGGAGGAGAGGGAUGCGCAAGGACGGGGAGAGAGAUGAUGGAAGGAGAGGAGGGAGGAGAGGAAGGAGAGGGAGGAGGAAAGGCGCGAAGAGACGGAGGGGGAGAAUUCCCGCUGGUGUUGGAAUCGGCGGCGGCGGCGGCCGUGACACUGUGCUUGCAGUCAGAUUGAAUCUCGCUAGUGUCACAUCCGCUAGAGGCGCUGUCGCUUGAGUCACGCUCUACAACCAGCGCGUCCCCGUAAAUGUGGACGAUCCGCGCAAGCCUCCCCGCGCGCUCGUUGAUCUCCGCGCUGCUAGACGCAAGCGCCCAGAACACCACCAGGCGCGGGCAGAUCCGCGCGGAAAACACCUGCGCGGACGCGGACGCGCCGAUCGCAGAGAGCAGCUCGUGCUGCCACGUGGUGGGAUCUUGGUGGUCCGCGGGGAGCAGCAGCUCGUGCGGUGGCUCGGCGUAGUUCGCGGGGAGCAACGUCGCGCGGAGGUGGCGCGAAAAGUUGGCGGAAGAGUGGCGCGCGGAGGGGGAAGGAGAGCGAAUCUCAGAUAACGCGUUAAAGCACUUCCAAGGAGCCGAUUCGGCGAUCCUGCGGACUUGCGAAUCCCAGCUUGCAUAGAGUGCUUUUAUUUAGUUAUAAUUAUUCAGCUACAUAGGCUCUGGUGGUAAUUCCCUCUACCGCUAUGGCUACUCGAGCCCUCGUCCACUCCCACUGUCCCUCCGCUCUCCAGCCGUCGCGAACCGUCAGUCUCAGCUCUAAUUUCCAACGGAUUGUUUCUCUUUCCCAGUCUGGGGAUACGAUACGGACCACCCGCGCUAUACGUGCUAAGCUGUUCACCCGUCAACCUACAGAUGCUAAUCCCGUCAAGUCUCGGUCUAGCAGGAAACGUCACGGAAGUAUUGUACGCGCUGGGGGAAGAGUAGAGACUGAAUCCGCUGAUGUCAAUUCCAGCAACGCUGACGUGGCAGAGGUAGCGGACGAUGCGGCGGUGCCGCCGGCUGUGAUCACGGACUUAAUCGCCUUUCUCCAGCAAGAGCUGCCGAAGCUGUUCGUCGAAGGGGGCAUGAGCUCGGCGCGCUUCGCGGACAAGGUGGAGUUCGAGGACCCCAUCACGCGCUACGACACUCUGGCGGGAUACCUCUUUAAUAUCCAGAUGCUGCGAUACCUUUUCCACCCCGUCUUCAUUCUCCAAGACACGUACCAGUCUGGUCCAGCAGAGAUCACGACGCGGUGGACAAUGAAGAUGUAUUUCUGGCUGCUGCCUUGGCGGCCGGAGGUGGUGUUCACCGGGCUGUCUAUCUACGCCAUCGACCCGCGCUCGCAGCAAUUCGUGCGGGAAUAUCCUGCCUUUCAAGUCGUUCAGCUGAAUACGCCCGUCCAAUCAGCGUCUGACAUCUGGCCCUCUGCUCCUGGCGCCCCUCCCAGUCCGCAACUGGAGAAGUUACAGAGGUACUUCCAGGAAGGAAACAGCCAGAGAAAAACCAUUCCCCAGGGCCCUAUCAUGCUCAUCAGCCCGCCGGAUUCCGCCGGGCAGGAUAAAAAACUGGCGAUGGCCAUUUCCCUGGAUGCUUCGCCUUCCACACCGACCGAUCCGGACCUGACCAUUGGCACUCUGCUACGUGGAACAUGGGCAGCUGCAGCAUUCGGAGGGCUCCCAUUGGCUGAAACCUUCUCAGCAGCAGCUGCUUCUCUGCGUGCUGAUGUCACUGCUGAUGGCCUGCUGCUGGCCUCAAGAGGAUCUGGCACAGGGGCAGCUACAGCUGCUGCUGGGAGUGGUGCUACAGAUGGGACUACAGCUGGUUCAGGGAUUGGUGCUACAGAUGCUGAGGGUGCUGGGUUGGUGGGUGCUGCAUCUGCACUGGUGUCUUACCCAAGUGGUUCUCCAAUUCCAUUUCUCAAGAGAAAUGAGGUACUGUACAAGCUGGAACACUUCUCGCUGGAUUCUACCAGACAUGGUGCUCCAUACUUGUAACCACAAUGUUUCCUAUGUGAUGUGCGCAUGCCCAAAUGUGUUUCAUACGUUGAAGUGCAUAAUGCGUAGUGUUUUUGGCAAGACCUGACACUACUUGUACGAUAGUCAGGUCAGGUCUCAGAUGGAGGUGUCAACUUAUACGGUACACAUGUUUGUAUGUAAAAGUUAUAGGCUAGAUAGGUGUAUGUUCUUAGAGGGUACAACUUUAACCCUAUCGCCCUUGUUCUCACUUAUUUCUAG